CCAUGAAUUUGAUGUAGGAAUUUAAUCCCAUGAAAUACAAAUUCCUACAGGAAGUAAAUUCCCAUAGCAAUCAAACGACACCUUAGUGAUUAUACAUCAUUAUUAGUGUACUUUUUUUUUUAUUAUUUAUAAAAGUUACUCCGUGAAACAUAAUUAUCUGCCUUAUAAAUAAUGUUAAGACUAGUGGACUACUCGCUCCAUGCCUCCACUUGUGGUUUCAAAAUGAAAUUUGAAGUCGUAAUGUAGUAAACCCUCAUGUAUUGUUAGACUCUCUUCCAAUGUGGCAAUGUGUGUUUAUCAUGCUUGCCCCAAUGACAUACUCAAAUUAGUGAAUUACAUUAUAUAUACCCCCUAACUUCGUCCUCUACUUUAACACAAACAUAACCAUACUUCCUCAAAUUUGCAACAAAUAUAAAGAGCUCAUCUCCUAAUUCCUAAAACACACCCUAUCUAAUUUGGUAUCUUGCCUGGUGUGUCAAAUUACAUUUAACAAUAUUUGAGCAUGGAGUACACCAAAGCUAGUAACGCUGUUCCCUCUACCAUGAAAGCUUGGGUUUAUGAAGAGUAUGGAUCUCCAACAAAUGUACUUAAGCUAAAAUCCGACGUACCGGUUCCUGAUAUCAAGGACGAUCAAGUACUAAUCAAGGUUGAAGCUGCUUCUUUGAACCCAAUUGAUUACAAAAGGAUGUUGGGUUUCUUAAAGGCCACUGAUUCUUCUCCUCCGACGAUUCCAGGCUAUGAUGUUGCUGGUAGAGUGGUUAAAGUAGGGAGCCAAGUUAAAAAAUUUAAAGUAGGAGACGAAGUUUAUGGAGAUAUCAAUGAGAAAGCAUUUGAACAACCAAAAAGCUCUGGCUCUUUGGCAGAGUACACAGCUGUUGAAGAGAAGGUUUUGGCUCUAAAACCCGAAAAUUUGAGCUUUGUUGAAGCUGCAAGCACCCCCCCCCUUGCUAUUGAGACUGCUCACGAAGGCCUCGAACGAGCAGGCUUUGCUCCUGGCCAAAGCAUCCUCGUUCUUGGUGGUGCUGGUGGAGUUGGAACUUUUGUUAUUCAGCUAGCAAAGCAUGUAUUUGGUGCGUCCAAAAUUGCAGCAACUUCCAGCACAACAAAACUAGAAUUACUAAGGAGCUUGGGUGCUGAUUUAGCCAUAGACUAUACCAAGGAAAACGUCGAAGAUCUCCCUGAGAAGUUUGAUGUUGUAUUCGAUACUGUUGGCCAAUGUGAAAUCACGAUAAAAGCAGUGAAAGAAGGUGGCAAGGUGGCAUCGAUUAUUGGCAAUGAAACUCCACCAGCAUUCAUAUUCAUACUCACUUCUACUGGUUCUGUACUUGAGAAGUUGAAGCCGUACCUGGAAGAUGGAAGGGUGAAACCGGUGAUUGACCCGAAAAGUCCAUUCCCAUUUCCUCAGACAGUUGAAGCCUUUGCUUAUCUCCAAACUAACAGAGCUACUGCCAAAGUUGUGAUUCAUCCAAUCCCAUGAAAAUGCUCAAUAACAUCAACAUAAUUUCAUUAAUGGUUAUAAUAAAGCGCGAAAAGUAGAAUUUCGCUUUGUUUAAUUUGGCUGUGUUUCAAGGGAUAUUGUGUUUGUUAUUGUAUUCCAUAUUUGAAAUGACAUUGCUAGUCUUCUGUGUAUGAUUUCUGUUGUAAGACUUUUAACACUCUCACCAUGUUCAGUUCAAUAAAAGACUACAAAACUCUCUUUAUAAUGUGAAAGGAGUUGUUUAUAGAUAUCAUAGAUUCAUGGUCCAAUACAGUACUCCGUAGUCAAAAGUUUCCAAACGAGAACA